AUGAGUGACGGAGCGCCUGCCAUGCGUCGCACGAUCAUGCGGGUCGCAAGGUUUCAACACAAGCUCUUCUUUAUUUCAAUGGCCAUCGCUGCGUUCCUUGCUUCCAGCCGUGGCCCAACCACACUCAACAAUACCUACCCCUCAGAUCUCCUCAUGGGCGGCUGCAGGUCACGCUACGCGGCGUGGGAAUGGCGCUACUUCCUACCCGUUCCACUGCCGGAGGGUCCACUGCCACUGGAGGGCAAGCGAGAGGACGUCUACUUCCCAGCAGGAGAUGACUUGGGCCUAAAGUUGCGCAAUGGAGAGGGCCACCUGGAGGUGAAGCAGCGGCUGCGGACGGCCGAGGGCGCGGAGCUGUGGAGCAAGCGCCUCUUAGGCCCGCUGGAGGGCCGGCUUGGGGUCGAGCAGCGUGCCGAGCUGGGCUUGGAGGAGCUGGGUGGGCCCUUGGUGAGGGUGCGGAAGCAGAGGAGCUGGACAGAGGUCGGGGAGGAGGUGGACUGCCUCUUCAUCACGGAGGUGGACGGAAAGACGUGGGCUGAGCGCUACGUGUCGGUUUCGGUAGAGUCUUGCGACCUCCAGGAAGUUCUGCGUGUGACCCGAUCCUUGAAAGUGCCGGACGGCGCCCUGGUGGGUGGCUACCCUGCCGUGGUGCAGCGUCUUGCACGCCUUGCGAGCGAGGCGGCAGAGGGUGCAGAGGGUGCAGAGGGUGCGGACGGUGCCUACACCCGGCUGGUGCAGGGCCCUCGCUACCGUGUCCCCCACCUGCACGGCAAGGUCUUCCUGGUGACAGGGGCCAACUCCGGCAUCGGCUAUGAGGCGAGCAAAGCUUUCGCCUUGGCGGGUGCCACAGUGAUCCUCGCCUGCAGAGACCAGCGCAAGGCUCAUGCAGCUAUGGAGCAGCUCAAGCAGUGCGCUCCGGCCGCCAAGCUGCACUUCCUGCCGCUGGAUUUGGCCUCCAUGAAGUCAGUGCGAAGGUUUGCUGAGCUGCUGCAGGCCUCGGGCAUGCAGGUGGAUGUUUUGGUGCUCAACGCAGGCGUGAUGCGCAGCAAGCGCGAACUCACAGAGGAUGGGUUUGAGGUGACCAUGGCAGCGAACCACUUGGGCCACUUCCUACUGGUCCUGCACUCGGAAAAUCGGAACGUGCUGGAGGGCGUCGUGAACAUCGCGCGCCGCUCGGUGCGGCGCAUCACGCAGGAGACCUGGGAGGACCGCACGCUGGUGGUGCGGAUCAGCAAUGGAACUUCCAAGCCGCUGGAAGUGGCGGAGCCCAUGUGGAUGACCGCCGGCUGCUGCGUCCUUUCCUUCAAGAAGCUCAUGCCCGGGGAGACGGGCACCGUCCGCUUCUUUUCUUCAGGCGGCGAGCUCUUCGGCAACGCCACCAGCGGGUGCCACCACGCAGGCGCCGUCGAGUUCCGGCUCGACGGGAUGCGGCUGGUGAUGGCCGAGUCCUGCCCCUUUGGUCAGAGCACCUUCCUGAAGAGUCACCGCUUCCUGGUGGCCUUCGAGAGUACCAGGAGCCUUGCAGACUUCUAUGCAGAGAUGCCUGCAGUCUUCAUGGGCUGCCGCGGUGUGUCCAAUACUGCCUGCACCCAGGGCAUUUGCGCCCGGGUGCACGCCAUCGCCGUGGAAAGCCCUGCAGCCGCAGAUGUGGUGCUGUUGGAAGAAGACUUGGAGCAAGUGGAGUACCAGCUGGACAGCAACCAGCAGCUGGUUUUUGCAGAGUGGUGCCUGGAAUAUGACUACAAGGAGUGCCUGGGCAGUGUCCUGUUCCUCGCAGAGACCCAGGCCGUCACGCACGCCCUGCAGCAGAAGAAGGUCAGUAUGGGCGACAAGGCGCUUAGCCUGUCACUCCUGAUCGACACCUUCGUGACCACGAGCAUAUGUGCCCCUUCAGAGGGACUAGGCCACCUGAGCUCCUGGAAGGCCGCGCGGGCCGUCUUCGCGGACGCGGGCUACGGGGACUUUGCGGAGGAGGCCCCGCUGGAGGCGGAGUCCCACAUGCUGCUCCGGAGCGCCUCGGUGCGGUGCAUGGUCACCUUGAGCCGAGCGGUGGCAGAGUGCAAGGCGCGUGGGCACUGGCCAGCAGAGGGCAAGACGCCUUCGGGCCCCAGGCGGCCGAGUCCGCGGAAGAGCUCGUCGGGCCCAGGACGAAGUUCCAUCGCGGACUUCUUCCGCCGGAGUUCAACGCUGGAAGACUCCCCGAGCCCCCGGCGCCGCGGCUGCUGCAGCGCCGUGGCGCUGGAAGGCGUGGAGCGCGAGCAGCUGCUGUCGCUGGUGCGGCACGGGGUGCAUCUGGGCGCGGAGUACCAGCUGCGGCGCCGGCGGCUGCUGAAAGAGCUGCAGCUGCAGCACCCGCAGCACUCGGCGGCUCUGAAGCUCUUCUCCCGGCGGCUGGGCCUGAGCUUCCGCAGCGUCUGGGAGGAGCCUCAAGGCAUCUUCCCGGAGGUCGCCUUCAACUUUUUCAGCUCCGAGGUCUUUGAGUGCCUAGGUACCUCCUCCGGCGUGUCACCAGAGGAGGUGUUGCAAUCCCUGGGCCACGACUCCCCGGAGUACAGGGCAAUGAGCACCAACUCCAAGUCAGGGGAGCUCUUCUUUUUCUCUUCCGACCGGCGCUUCAUUCUCAAAACCUUGUCUGGCAAGGAGUUAAUGCUGCUCAUGCGGAUGAUGCCAGCCUACCUGGCUCACAUCCAGCAGUGGCCGCGGUCACUGAUUGUACGAUACGCAGGACUCUACUUGAUUCAGUGGGGGGAGCAAUCCAUACAUUUGAUGGUCAUGAGAUCGGUCUUUGACCCCUUGCGAAUGCUGCAUUUGAAGUUUGACCUGAAAGGGUCGCUCUACAAGCGUCGGAAGAAGCCUGGGGAGGGCGUGGGCAAGGACGAGGACUGGGUGGAUUCGGGCCAUCGCCUGAAGCUGCCUCUGGAGGUGCAGCGCCAGUUCUGCGCGCAGCUGGAGCUGGACGCAUUGCUACUUGAGAGUUUUAAGAUGAUGGACUACUCAAUCCUUUUGGGCAUCCACUUCGUAGAUCCGCGAGAUGCGUCCAUGGCGCCUGGCUGGCACGACGGCUACCUGGUAUCUCAGGAUACCAACGAGAUAUACUACAUUGGCAUCAUUGAUCACUCCAUCAAGUAUGGCCUCAAGAAGCAGGCGGAGAAUUUGUUCCGAGUGGCGCAGGGCGCUGGGGACAGAGCCUCCUGCGUGUCGGCCGAUACGUACGCGGAGAGGCAGAUGCAAUUUGUAUACCACAAGGUGGUUGAUGCGCCCUUGGGCGCCAUGGACAUUGGCACAGAAGGUCGUCUGCGGGUGGACCUGCUGGAGGCUCAUAACCUCAUCGCUGCAGACUGGAACGGUCGCUCCGACCCCUACGUCACCGUGAAGUUGGGCCUCUGUGUGAAGCGCACAGUCACGGUGUGGAGCAACUGCGAACCUGUCUGGAACUGUUCAUUGUAUCUGCCUGUGCACGAGGCACAUCGAGAGCAGGAGGUCCAGAUCACAGUGUGGGAUGAGGAUCAUGUCAAGACGUUGCGCGGGAACGACGACUUGUUGGGCCGCCUCACCGUGCCGAUGACCUGGAUUCUGCAGGGGCCGGUUGACCUGCCAAGGGCUGCGCUGUGGGAUGUGGCUCAGGGCACCCUGUCCCUGCGCUGCGUCUUCGAGUCGGCAGAAGACCUCCAAGACGAGCUCACCUUCUCCAUGGCCACGGACUCCAAGCGGCGCCUGAACCAGCAGCUGGCCUGCUGCGUUUGCGCGGCGCUGUAUCGGGCAGCUGCCAGUUGA